AUGGCGGCUACAUCGAAUAUGUUUUUGUACUCGCUUUCGCUCCAGCCUCCGACAGCCAUUUCUCAAGCGAGCGUCGGCCAUUUCUCUGGCACAAAGGAACAGCAAAUUCUCACUGUAUCGGGCUCCAUUUUGACAUUGUAUAGUCCCGAUACGACUCACGAAAGGCUCCAGCCAUUCCUCUCGCAUGACCUCUUCAGCAUAGUUCGAUCGAUUGUGUCUUUCCGUCUUGCGGGAAGCUCCAAGGAUUACAUUAUUGUGGCAACCGAUUCUGGCCGUAUCGCUGUUCUCGAGUAUUUGCCGGCUCAAAACCGUUUCUCUCGCAUUCACUUGGAGACGUUCGGCAAGUCUGGCGUGCGUCGAACCGUCCCCGGCGAAUACCUAGCUGCCGACCCAAAAGGCCGGGCCUGCAUCAUUGCUUCCAUCGAAAAGAACAAGCUCGUCUACGUCCUCAAUCGCAACUCUCAAGCCGAACUCACUAUAUCCUCCCCACUCGAAGCGCACAAACAGGGAAUCCUUGUGCUGUCCCUCGUAGCCCUCGAUGUGGGUUAUUCGAAUUCUGUCUUUGCAGCUCUUGAGACGGACUAUUCAGACUCAGACCAGGACCCCUCCGGACAAGAGACACCCGACGUUGAGCUCGUUUACUACGAGCUGGAUCUAGGUCUGAACCACGUGGUCCGCAAGUGGUCGGAAGCUGUUGACUCGACGGCAUCAUUGCUCUUCCAAGUCCCUGGCGGCAAUGAUGGCCCAAGUGGCGUCCUUGUGUGUGGGGAAGAGAGCAUCACGUACCGACAUUCGAACCAAGACCCUCUCCGUGUCCCAAUCCCACGGCGUCGAGGAGCUACCGAAGACCCGCAACGCAAGCGUACUAUCAUUGGUGGUGUGAUGCACAAGCUCAAAAACAGCCCUGAAGCGUUUUUCUAUAACGAGGGUAGUCUGACAGGAGAGGUGCGGCGCAUCAAGAUUAAGUAUUUUGAUACUCUCCCUGUUGCGAGCAGUCUAUGUAUUCUUAAGAGCGGAUUUCUCUUUGUUACUACUGAGUCUGGUAAUCAUCACUUUUAUCAAUUUGAAAAGCUCGGCGACGACGAUUCAGAGCCUGCAGUUACUAGCGACGAUUUCCCCACCGACCCUCGUGCUGCUUACGAGCCUGUAUACUUCUACCCACGACCUCUAGAGAAUCUCAACUUGGUAGAAAGCAUCGAUUCUCUAAGUCCUCUUCUGGACUGUAAGGUUGCUGAUUUAACAGGGGAAGACGCGCCGCAGAUCUAUUCGGUAUCCGGUAACGGCGCGAAGAGCCAUUUUCGGAUGCUCAAGCAUGGGCUAGAGAUUAACGAGGUUGCGACUUCUGAGCUGCCUGGAACAGUCUCUGGUGUCUAG